AUGGAGAACAGUCGUGUCAAUUUGAGCUCCGCAAAUUCAAGCCAAAUUCUGGCAAAUUCAUUGUUGGAUUUUAUGGAUGAAAGUGUUAAGAUACCUACAAAUAAUAUGGAAAGUAAAGUACUUUCAUCUCUUGUUUUUAUUGACGAAAGCGGUUACUGUUGGAAAGGCAAUUUAGCUCAACUAAAGAGUUUCGUACAAAAUGACUUAAAGUUAGUCGGCAAAUGGUCAUCGCCUGGCGGUGAAACGAAGCUAUUUAAGAACACCGAGAUUGUCAUUAAAUGGACUGGGCAAACGCGAAAGAUGCUGAUAAUUGAAAAAGACAGCGAAGUAAAUCUAAAAUGUUUAUGCAAUGGUGAUUUGAUUUGCUUAGAUACAGCAACGGUGUGUAAAGAGUCGAUUGAUAACAAAGCUAAACAAUCUGUAGCGGCCGACUCCGAAUUUUCAACUAUAUGGGCGGCAAUAAAUAGGAUUCAAGACGUGACGGCCAAAUUGGAUGAAGUAACAUUAGCCCACGACAACACACUUAUAAGAAUAGAAGCUGAGGUAUGUAAAGCACAAUCUAAUUACAAAAGGAAAAUUGAAAAUUUAAAUAAUAAAUGUCAUGAUUUAUUACUUAAACUUGAAUGUAACAAGGCACUCGAAGAUAAAGUAAAUAAACUUGAAGUUUUGGUCGGCAAUCUUAAAGCAGACAUACAGGAUCUAUGA